AUGUCCCGCCCCAGGAAAUACCUUUCGCCAGAGGAUAAGCUCACGGCGAAUCGGGAGAAGAGCAAACGAUCUUACAACAAUCACAGGGAAAAGAUAAAUGCCCGACGGAGGGCCCAAUAUUCCGAGCGAAAAUUGCGGGGGGGUGCACAUCGUGAGCGUCAAGCGGGGAAUGCGCUGAGUGGUCUUCCAGGGGAUAACCACUGGUGGGUCAAUCUCUCCUUCAUGCGAGGGUCGCUUAUGAACUUGGCUCCUAGGGAUGAAAUCGUGCAGAUCAGCGUGGAAUGUCUCGUCACUCUGGCGGAGAGGACCUACGUUCAAUAUGGGGAGAUCAUUGGCAACUCGCCAUACAUGUUCUUGAAAUCAACGUGCGACCGCUUCGUCCAACGGCGCCAUGCAGACUCCGGCGAGGCGAAGAGGAAAAUCGACGCACAAAUCACAGAGCUGGCAAAAUUGGCGAGUCGCCUGCUCAGGGUCCAUGUCGAUCUGACGCGGUUGGAAUACGACGUGGGGGACGCGUUGCGAAAGGUGGAGUCUCUCGCACAACCCGUGCGCCGUACUCUGGCAGACUUGGCAGACAUAUCUGAGGCUAUUGAGGCCGAUGAAGCGCAGUUCUGUCAUGAUUACAUGCAAGGUCGACUGUAUUACCAAAAUCACUGA